AUGCCCAUUCUCGAAAUCACCUCUCAACGUUCCCCCAAAGAUUUGAAUGCUUUCUUGAAAAAGCUUUCCUCUGUGUUUGCUGAACAUAUCGGAAAGCCCGAAUCGUAUUGCUUGGUCACCUUUGUCCGUGUCGACCAACUUUAUUUCGCUGGUACUCCCGAUGCUGGCUUUAUCGCCAAAGUGGGUUCCAUCGGUCAUAUUGACAGGGAACGUAAUGCACGCUUGACCGCAGCCAUCACGGCUGAAAUGAAGAGAGAAUUGGGUGUUUCGGACGAUCGUGGUUACUUCCUGUUUACCGAUUUCCCAAGUGAUAAUAUUGGUUUCAAGAGCACUAGUUUCUCUGACCUUAUCAGAUAA